UGCAGGUUUGCCUCACAUAUGACGACAACCCGGAAGGAAGCCCAACAUUUCUUCUUCUUUCAGUGCGUAGCUACAUCCUGAAUGCAUAGCAACAACAACAACCACUCCAUCAACUAUUACAACAGCGCUGCUGGUGGUUCUGCACCGCGGUGGGAAGAUGUCGCCUGGCAGAGAAGGAUCCUGGACCUUUGUUGUGCCAGCAGUAGUGACCUGGUUCCUGCUGGAUGCUAUUGUUUUUGUACAGGCGAAGAACUUUGAGGAUGUUCGCUGCAAGUGCAUCUGCCCGCCAUACAGAAACUUCACUGGCCACAUAUAUAACAGAAAUGUGUCCCAGAAGGAUUGUAACUGCCUCCAUGUAGUGGAGCCCAUGCCGGUGCCUGGCCAUGAUGUGGAAGCUUACUGCCUGUUGUGUGAGUGCAAGUACGAGGAACGAAGUAGCAACACCAUCAAGGUAACCAUCAUCAUUUACCUGUCUGUUGUUGGUGCACUGCUGCUCUACAUGCUGUUCCUGCUGCUGGUUGAUCCUCUUAUUCGCAAACAUGACGCAUACACUCAGCCACUGCACAAUGAAGAGGACUCUGAGGUUCAGGAGAUGCGUCCGCCGGUGGACAGCGCCCAGGCUAAAGGAAACACGGUGCUGGAGCGGGUUGAGGGAGCACAGCAGCGCUGGAAAAAGCAGGUCCAGGAACAGCGCAAGACUGUUUUUGACCGCCACAAGAUGCUUAGUUAAAGCCUACAGCUGAACUCUAAGCAGGUUUAGAAUGGGUUACUUCCCUGGGCUCAGCGCUAUCAUACUGUCACCACGUUUCACUAUUACUAACCUCUUUGUCAUUGCUGUACACUGCAACCUCUGAAUAAGUAUUUCUUCACAAAGAAAAAUUGAAACCCACCGAUCUAACAAGCAGAUGUUUAUUUUAUUUAUUAUAUGUAACAUGUGAGGCUAAGUUGCAGUUGUGAAAAAACUGCAUAUUGCGAACUGUUAACGGCUAGAAAUCCUCUCGAUCAUUUCAGCAAUUUGCAAUGCAACAGAUUUUGAAUGUCUUGAUAAAGUAAGAACCUUUUUUCUCUAUGAAGCCAAACUGAGCUAUUAAGCUUCCUCGUGAUAGUUGUCCUUGUUAGCUUCUUGCUAAUUUGGCAUAAUUUUCUGCAGUUUUUCUUGCAGCUGAAUUUGUGAACAGGUGAGCUUGAUGUAUGUGAAUGGGUCAUUUAGCUAUUUGGGAAGAAAGAGUACCCUACCUACGCUAUUGUCAAGCACUUAUAGUAAUUAUGGUCAUUUGUAUUAUUAUUUAUUUGUCCCUGUUGCUGUGCUUAGUAACAUGGGCAUAUUUACUAUCAUUUGCACUAGUAAAGUAAUUAAAGGAUUGUACAUUUUGGGUUUUGUCAUUUUAAAGCUUCGACGUUGCUACCUUAAAGAAAUAGUUUCUCUCCUUGUGUGGGCGAAUGUGUUACAGCCAAUUCCAGUGCAAAACAUAGCUCUUAAAUGUUAGCAGUUUACAGCUCGUAAAGCACAACACAUGGUAAUGUCUACCAAUAUAUAUUGUUAAUUAAUUAAUAAGUGUUAAUUGUUUUUAUAAAUUAAAUCUUUUAUAUUGAAUUUACCAGGUAAAUUAGGAUUGGAAAAAGGUUUGUUCAGUAAAGAAGGCACAAGGCCACAUUAGUUGUCCUGUAUUUUGCAGUAGAAGAUGAACAUGCUUUCCCAUGCAAAGAGAGAAAAUGGAGAACGAGAGCUUUAAAGGCAUCCUCAGUGAAAUCAAAUCUCUGCCACUGGAGAAUGUCCUAAAUCAGUAAAGCUGCUGAUAAUGCAGUUAUGUGUGUCAGAAUCAGGAUGCCUUUGAAGGGCCCUCAUGUGCAUCAUUAUGUGUCAGUGAAUUCCCCCUCGCAUCCCCUUACUGUGUUGGGAACCUUUUAAUGCGGCACAUUGACUCGCAUUACCUCAUGCAAAAUGUGAACUACUGAAGUUUAAUUUAUGCUUUGUUUUAUCAUUGAAGUGUUUUUGAUCAAUUGAUUUAAUUAUGAUUUCACAUCACUGGUAUCAGUGUUUUAUAUUUAUAUUCAUCUCCAGCCUAACUGGAGUUUUGCGCUCCUCAUGUCCUCAUGUCUGUGCAUUUGGCUUGAUGUGAAAUAAUAAAAAACUCAAAAAUAUUGUU